AUGGAUGUUGCUGCCACCAAUGGCCAUCUAGCAGUAGUAAAAUGGCUACAUGUUCGAAAAAAAGACUGCACCAAGGCAGCACUCGAUGGCGCUGCGAUGAAUGGCCAUCUAUCGGUUGUAGAAUGGCUACAUGAUAAUCGCACAGAAGGAUGCACCACAGAUGCAAUGGAUGGCGCUGCGGGAAAUGGCCACCUCGACGUUGUCUGCUGGUUGCAUGACUACCGCACUCAAGGCUGUACAGCCAAUGCAAUGAAACGAGCUGCGGAAAAUGGGCACUUGGAGGUGGUGGAAUGGCUGCUCAAAUGGCUGCAUGCUCGCAAGAAUGGCUGCACCACGGCAGCAAUGAAUGGCGCUGCGACGAAUGGCCAUAUAUCGGUUGUAGAAUGGCUUCACGACAAUCGCUACGAAGGUUGUACCACCGAUGCAAUGGACGGCGCGGCAAAUGGGUACCUGGACGUUGUCUGCUGGUUACAUGACUAUCGCACGCAGUAUAAAGACUGUACCAGUGAAGCCAUGAACGGUGCUGCGAAGGAUGGCCAUCUAGCAGUCGUAGGAUGGCUACAUGACAAUCGUCGCGAAGGAUGUACCGAAAAUGCGAUGGAUCGUGCGGCGGAAAAUGGCCAUCGUUGA